AUGGAGGGACUGGACUACGACGUGGUUGUGGUGGGCGCCGGUCUGGCCGGUCUGCGCACUACGCAGUUGCUCGUGCAGCAGGGCCUUUCGGUGCUAUGCCUCGAAGCCAACAACUGCGUUGGCGGCCGCACCCGGAGCGCGGUGAGGGAGGGUUACCGAUGGGAUGUCGGUGGCCAGUGGCUUGGCCCCACCCAGACCCGCAUGCUCAAUCUCUGCUCCCAGCUGGGCCUCGCCACCUUCCCCCAGUACACCGAGGGUAAAAAGUGGGUGGACGUGCUGGGCAAGAAGAAGACGUACACGGGCACCAUCCCGCCGCUCACGAUCGCCUCCUUGAUCGACAUCCAGCUGGGCAUCUGGAAGAUCGACGCCCUCGCCAAGACCGUGCCCAAGGGGAGACCGCAGGAUUGCCCGAAUGCCCGGGAGUGGGACAACAUGACCGUGGAGACGUGGAAGCACCAGAACCUCUGGACCGAUGGCGCCAAGGCCAUGUGGGACAUCGGCGUGCGCGCCGUCUACUCUUCCGACCCGGCAGAGCUUUCGUUCCUCUUCUUCCUUCACUACAUCCAUUGCGCCGGCGGGUACAUGGUGCUCCUUGACACCGAGAACGGCGCCCAGGAGACCCGAAUCCGAGGCUCGGCCCACGGCGUAGCGCUCAAGCUCGCCGAGCAGCUCGGCGAGCAGGUCCGACUCGCCAGCCCGGUCACGAGCAUCCACCAAACUGCAUCGAAUGCCGCGGUGACGAUACAGGACGGCUCGUCCUACACCUGCCACCGUGUAAUCAUCACGGUGCCACCACUGCUCACCAACCGCAUCGAAUUCGAGCCCGCGCUGCCCACGAGGAGGCGCCAUCUGGCGCAGCGGAUGCCAAUGGGCCAAGUCAUCAAGUGCUUGGUCUUCUAUGAUCGGCCCUUCUGGCGCGACAGCGGCUUUGCGGGCGAGGUGGUGACGGACGGAGAGGGCGUGUCGAUCAGCUUCGAUGCCAGCCUGCCCGACAUCGAGCAGUACGCGCUGGUGGCCUUCUUCGACGGCAACCCCGCGCGCCAGUGGAGUGAAAAGACGAAGGAGGAGAGGAGAGCCGAAGUGGUGCGCACCUUUGUGAACUACUUUGGAGACGAGGCUGCCCACCCGAUCGACUACCUCGAACAGGACUGGUGCUCGGAGCCGUGGGUGCUCGGAGGGUACACUGGCCUAAUGGGUCCCGGGGUGCUGACGACGUGCGGCGAGACCCUCACAGCGCCGUUUGGGCGCAUUCACUGGGCCGGAACCGAAACCGCCACCAGUUGGCCCGGCUACAUGGAGGGUGCGGUCCAGUCGGCUGAGCGGGUGACCGACGAAGUGCUAUCUGCCCUUGCCGGUAACGUGAUCGAGUACCCGCCGCCGGCCACCCUGACCCCGCCACCCCGAGGCAGCGGAUUCCCGAUCGGCAAGACCGCGCUCGCGUUGGCCGGAGUGAGCCUCUGCGUCGGCGUCAUGUGGGCCUGGGACAACAAGUUCACCGUCGUCAAGAACGUCGUCGCCUUCUUCGUUGUGUGA